CGUCCUUGGGCUUCGCCCUCAUACUGCUUUAUCCAUCCCUGUUCCCCGCUGUCCUCUGCCCAACAUGUCGAUCAUGGAAUACAACGGUGGCUCCGUCAUAGCCAUGGUGGGGAAGGACUGCGUAGCCAUUGCGUCCGAUCUGCGUCUAGGGAACCAGGCGCAGGGUAUCUCCACGCACUUUGAGAAGAUAUUCCCAGUCACAGAUCGCACUUACGUCGGGCUCGCCGGAUUGGCCUCUGAUGUCCUCACAUUACGCGAGAAAUUCCGCUUCCGCGUAAACAUGUACACCAUCAAAGAAGAGCGCGAGAUCCAGCCCGAGACCUUCGCCCACCUCGCCUCCUCCACGCUCUACGAGCACCGCUUCGGGCCGUACUUCAUCGAGCCCGUCAUCGCGGGCAUGCAGAAGACGCCCUCCGGCGGAUACAAGCCCUUCAUCGCCGCCGCGGACCUGAUCGGGUGCUUGAACUUCGCGAAGGACUUUGUGCUCGCGGGGACGGCGAGCGAGAAGCUGUUCGGUGUGGCGGAGAGCUUGUGGGAGCCGGAUUUGGAGCCGGAGGAUUUGUUUGAGACGAUAUCGCAGACUAUCAUGAAUGCGGUGGACCGGGAUGCGUAUUCUGGGUGGGGGUGUAUUGUGCAUGUCAUAACACAAGACAAGGUCAUCACCCGCACAUUGAAGGCCAGAAUGGACUAGAUACUUGUACUUUUAUUGUCAGCACUCUCCAACGCAUCAUCUGUACUUUGCAGGAUCGUCUUGACCGUCGUGGUGGCGCACCAGAAUCCGACUUCGACCUGAAUGCAC